AUGAGUUUUGAAAAGACUUAAUAGCUUAAUCUUAGUAAAACAAAUUUAGGUCUUUAAAGUAUAAUUCUCAACUAAGAAACUGAUUAUGAAGCUACAUUCAAGCAUGAAUACAAUCAAGAAAAUCUCCUAUUGCAUUUAUAGGGAUUUGAAAUAGGAAACGAAGGGGCUGAAAAAGUUGGAAUAUAUCUAUCAAAAUUAGUUAAUUUGACUCAUUUGCACAUUUAUUUUGAGAAAAAUUAACUAGGAUCAGAAGGAGCAAGUCAUAUAGGAAGAGCGUUAAAGUAGCUCGAAAAAGUGAAAUAAAUGCAGCUUGAUAUUGGUAUAAAUAAUAUAGAGUGUGAUGGAUUAGAAAGCAUAGCUGAUGGCAUUAAAAAAUAAGUUAAUCUAACAUAAUUAUAACUUAAUAUAAGAUUUAAUAAGAUAAAGAGAGUUGGAACUAAAUGCUUAUCAGAUUCUUUAAAAUGUCUAACUUAGUUAAAAUAAUUACAUAUUGUUAUUGAAGGUAACAGAAUAAGAGAUGAAGGAUUGUGCCAUAUUGGAAAUGCUAUUGCCCAGCUACCUAAUUUAGAAUAACUCUAUCUAGAUGUUUCUGCAAAUUCUAUAAAAAGUGAAGGGGCAAAAAGAUUUGCUUAAGAACUAUAAAAAUGUUCUAAGUUAAAAAGCUUGUUCUUAGAGUUUUUCUGGAAUAAAAUGGGAGAUGAAGGAAUUUAAGAUUUAUUUUUAGCUCUCAAGAAUAUGAAAGAACUAUAUGAUUUACAUAUUUCACUGAAAAGAAACAGCAUUACUGAUAAGGGAGUAAUCACUAUAGCGGCACUCUUACCUUACUUAAAAAAUACUGUCAAAUUCAGUUUAAAUUUAGAUGUUAAUUAGAUAUCGUUUGAAGGAUAGGAACUUUUGGGUUAAAGACUUGGAUAUAUGAGAAAGUUAACAGAUUUAUAUUUGGAUAUGCAAGGCUAACAAGAAAUGUAUUUAGCUUCACUCACUUUCUGUUUCUUAGGUUUCUUGUUGCAAGCAAGAAAGCAUGAAAUCAGAAGGCUUUUUAUAUUUGAUAAAGUUUAUGGAGGAAUAUAAUUCAAAUAUAAAAAUGAUAUUUUAAUAGACUUCUUUAAUGAAUGA